GUUUUGCUGCAGAACCUUGGAAAAUUGUAGAACCGAAUUUUGGGGGGGGGGGGCAUGUCCAUGAGCUAGUUGGGUUGGUAGCUUUUAAAACCGUUUAUUCUUUCAUCACUACUGUUCUUGUUCCACACCUCUCUCUCUCUCUCUCUCUCUCUCUUUUAUCCUUCACUCCUUUCUUUUCCGAUAUUCAAAAUGUCAAACUCUCACACGCGGACUACGUCUGGAUCAAGUUCAACCUCUGCGUCCAGUUUAUACAAAUUCAUUCCUAGUCAAACUUCGCCUUCGUCAGGACAUACCCUCACUAUUCGACAACAACCUGCUCAUGCUAGAGUUUGCACGAUCCCUGAGCGUGACCGCAGACCAAUUGACCCGCCACCCAUUUUGCGUAUGUCACUGGAUGGGCUUGACCCAGAGGAAGAACAGUACCACACGCAAAGCCCUCAUUACUUCAUGUGUGCUAAUCUUGUCCACCCGCACGACCACACAAAUUUGUACCUUCCUGUCCAAAAUUACCUCACUGGCACCAUUGUGUCCUCCUUGCACCGACUGAAGGAUAUUGAUAAUAGUGAUGGUGCAUUUUUUGUGUUUGGUGAUUUGGCCGUAAAGGAGGAAGGGGAGUUUCGAUUGCUCUUCAGCUUGUUCGAAAUAGUAGAUACUGUAGUCAGAACUAGGAAAACGAUUUUAUCUGACAUCUUCACUGUAUAUGCCCCAAGACAUUUUCCGGGGCCACUGCCUUCAACCUUCUUAUCACGUUCGUUCUCAGACCAAGGAGUUCGAAUGCGUAUACGGAAGGAGCAUAGAAUCCAAGUCUCAUCACCUAGAAAACGAAAGCAGCCAGAGAGUGAAAAACCCUAUGGUAAACGAAGACUACAAAGUAGCCCAUUGAGUGACGACAGUCCUUCCGAGACGUCGGUCAAUAUCGAAGAUCGUAAAGUGGAAUUUGAAAGACCUCACAUACCCCAGCAGCAGCGGGAUCAGCCAAAGGAGUAUGCACGGGAGUAUCAAAGAGAGCAAUCCUCCAAUGAAUUUAAAUCAGAACAUCCAAGAGAACCACAACCAAGAGAAUACCCGGAGUACCAAGGCGAGAGACCAAGAGAAUAUGCUACAGAGCCUCCAAGGGAACUACCACCCAGAGUCUAUGCGUCAGAAUAUCAGAGAGAAACACCGCAACGAACAGACUAUCCAACAGCGGUGUAUCCAAGAGAACAACCACCAUCAGAACACUACAGAGGUUCUCCACCUGGUGCCAUACCAUAUCUAAAAGCGCCAUUACAAGAUAUAGCAGCUCUUCCUAUUCCCAUACGAAGUACUUCGCCAAUGAAUAUAUCUAUACAUCGCGAACCCAUAACUGCAUUCCCGUUAUUUCAUCAAGUGAUGCCUGACAUUGCUCAGUAUCACCUUGGUGCAUCCAAACCGAACACACCUCCAGAAUUCAUAACUGCAGCAGGAGAGCAGUCACCAAAACGACGACAAGAACCUUGUCGGCCAGGGCACGAGUAUCCUGUCGAUUCACCUUUCGACUCCAGACAUAUGAACCCCCCGACCCAUCCAUUGUUUCCAUGAAGGGGAGUUUUGCUCUGUGCAUUAAUUUUUUUAAUUGUUCCGUUCAGUGCGACUUUGAAAAAAAAAGAAAAGAUAAUUUGGUUGUUGCCUUGUGUUACUAACUCAGUUAGUGGCAAAAACUUGUACAUACAUUGUAGAAUUUCAA